AUGUGAUACGAUAUGAUAAAAUCAUCAGUGAUGUGAACAACUCAUAUUUUGACAGGCUCAAUCAUCUGUCACUGUUUAUCUGAGACUAUUAGAAACAUCUUCUCUUGUGUACUGGUGAGUGCGCAUCUCUUUUGACAUAGUCAGUUGAGGUUGCGUCAAGAUAUCUUCAUUCUUAUUCGCGUUUGAAAAUAAAUCUUAAUCAAAAGACGCGUAAUACCGUUGCUGUAUUCAAAGUCGUGUUUCGAUAAGCGAGUUGAAAUAAACCCAAUAUGAGGUAAGUGUUUGCGUGCUGUCUAUAAUUCUCUGGUUAUAUUACAUCUCGCUUUAUAAUUUAUCGGCACAGACAAAUUACAGUUACUGUUUUUCUUGUAUAGGUCUUCUGCUCUAAUAUUAGCAGUUGGCGCUGUAUUUAUUGCGUCUAUCUUAAUCGAGCAAUCAGCGUCCGAAGAGGUAGGAUAAUCGUUUAGUUAGUCAUCGUUUUCUAGUAAUUUGUUUGAAAAAUCAAGCAUACUCGCAGUUAGGUGUAAAUAUUUUCGCCUAUAAUCACUUCAUUCAUGAUCGUUGUGUGCAUUGCAGUGCGCGCUGGCUGCGCAAAGCGUUACACUAUUGCGCGCACGAUGCUAAACAGUAUAAUAAAGCGUAUCUAUAGUAUACAUUUUAGUAUGAAGCGUGCAGGGGGGGACGUCAACGUUUUGUAUGGAACGGAUUAAUUUUCAGUUGUUUGUGUUCAAUAAAUCUCACCAGUAACCCUUUAACACUUGUUUUGCAUUGCGCUUUCAAAGAGAAAAAUGCGCGCUUAUGUUUUUCUUGUUGUUGUAUGAAAUAUAGUAUAUACAAGAUGGUAAUAGUGACAUAUUAAAGACAUUUGUUGCUUUUGCUAAGGAAAGGAAUUAAACCCUUGAGGCAUGUCUCUAUCAACAGGGAGUUGGAAUUCCGACAUUUUUGGCUGAUAUCAAAUUUAAUAUGUAUAUUUGGCCUAAAACAUUGGCAAACCCCUGGUAUUAUCUUAUUAUUACGUUAUUACCGUAUUCAGUGAAAGGUGUUCUGCUAGCAUUCCGAACUGUUUGCGUAGCCAUAUUUCGCAAGUGUUUCCGAAUGCUCUAUAAAAGCCAAUAAUCACCGACGUCAAUAUUUGUUUGGCGCUUAAAAUAAUUUUAUAAUGCGUUGGAAUUAUGGUUUUAUGCCUUCAUGAGCUUACAUGAAGUUUUGUAAACAUACCAAUGUCGCUGUUAAGACCAUUCAAUAACAUAAAUUUUCCAAGAUGUUUUCAAACACGUAUUUCGGAUGGUUAAUUUUUAACAAAGACAAAGUUGAGACUUGAGUUGUUGAUAGAUUCGAGUCCCUCCACAUCUUGAGUUGUUUUGAAAAUUAGCACAAUUUUGUUCAGCCUACAGUACAUAAAAAACAAGGCGAUUUUAAAAUCUAGUAUUAUGUAUGUAGCGAGAUUAUACAUUGUAUUAUGCAUGUAGCGAGAUUAUACCUUAACUUGAGUUCUUUUUUUGUGAGUCGUGUCAUGAGAAAUAUCUUGCAUGGGAAAAUAUAAAAAAAACAGGCCGGCAGAUGUUUUUCCCAUUGUGUAAAGAUAUAGUAACUUAUGGGAUCCUGUAUAAUAAAGUCGAAACACUGGCUAAAGACUUAAUGUCUGAAUGACCCCAGAGACCUUGGGUUUGAUUCCUUUUUGGAAUUAACAUACGGAAUUUUCAGCAAAUAUUUCCUAUACUACUUUAAACAAUCACAACAUUAUGACAACAAACGAUUUAUAAAACCAAGACAAAAGAUUUAAAACAAAGAUUACGGUAACAUAGUUAAUUUAACAGAAAACAUAGAAAGAACAUAAAUUUAAUUGUUUAUUAAAGGUCAUAUAAUAUAUAGACUAUAGUUGAAGGGUAUAUAAUAUAUAGUUGAAGACCCUUCAAGAGUAGUAGGCUAUUAUUCAAUCGAGUGCGAUGCUAACAAAAUCUUUAUAUUUACAUAUAACAUGUAAUGUAUUGUAAUGAAAUAUAAUAUAAUCAUACACGAUUACAGCCAUUCAAAUUGAAAUUAUUUGUUCUGAUCGAAUGUUACUAUAGUCUAUACUAUACAACUUUAGUUUUAAAGAUAAAAGAACACUUUAUAUACACUAAAACUAUAAAGUAAGUAACUCUUUACAUACGAACAUCAAUAUACUGUCUUAAAAUAAAUUCAUUACCAUAAUAUUUAAAUAAUAUUGUCUCAAAGAUAUAAACCAAAGUGUUAAUUUUUGCCGAGGACAUGCGGGGACAUGCAUGAUUGUUCAGUUAUCUAAACAAAAAAGAUAUUCUUCUCUAUCAUCAUCAUUGUGUAUUGAAUAGGUUUCUGAUUUCUCAAAAAAGUGAUAAAAUGUCAAAAGCCCAAUGGCAAUGUUAUCAUUGCUCACUUACAAUAUAAGAAGAACUGAAGUUGAACUACCAUGAUUUACGUGUUCAAGAUAUUGUCAUUUACAUAAAAAUCCUUUGCCAAUUCAUCAUUGGCAAAGGGCCUUACAAUGUUUCUCCCUAAUGAGUUAGCCUAUAAGUAUAUGCCAAUGACAAUGUUUUUAUGCAGAUCAUUUUUACAAACUUACAAACAAAUUCGACAACUAACCAUAUUAUUACACUCUUGUUUGAUAAUGUUGGAUCUGCCUAGAUCAAUUGUCACUUUUCUUUUCCUCAUUCCAAACGAUUCUUGUCAACUUUCAACAGUUACUGUAUAAUGUAAUGAAGUUAAUAUAUUUAAGAUGGUAUAAACAUGCGUCGUGUAUAGAUAUAUGCCUGCACUCAUUCUGGCGGAAGCGCAGCAGCCUGGUAUCACACUAAAAAAAAACUCUUGAGUAUUUUGACCAAAAAUAUUGAGGAAAUAAUAAAUUUAGUCAAUUUUCUGAGUGAAUUACAGAAUGAAAUCUUGGCAACGAAUCAAUAACACUAUUGUUCUCAAUAUUUCCGUAUCUAUUUCAAAGAUAGUGCGGAAGUCUUGGCCAAAUCCAACAAGCCCUGGAUCGUUUAUAGGCAUUUCCUUCAACAACUUCAAUGCACAUGCAUCCUGUUCAAACCGCAAUUCAUUUUAAAACCACCGUAUGUUAUAUGCGCAAUCUAUGUAGUCGUUAUUUUAACAAUGGACUUGUAAUUUACUAAGGUUCCUGAUCAAAACAAUUUAUUGUUUUAGAUUGAUUAGAAUUUUUCUUCAGUAUCACACGAAUUUGUUUUCAUGCAGCAUAAGCGUUGAGUCAUUUCGAACUUCAAAGUUCUGAAAAUUAGACAAAAAUGUUAUAGAAAGGUUAGAAAUCUGUACAAAUUGGAACGUUGUUUGCCGUCUGAAUACAUACAUACUCGAUUACUCGUACGUGAAUCAUUUCUAUUUUGUCCAUGCAUUGAUAUGAAAUUUGCAUGAAACACAAGAUACGAAAUUAAACCUCUUUUUGGAAUAUGAUCCUACCGCGGACCAAAGUUCAUCUAAUUAUCAUAAAUUGCGAGUUUCCUUUGAAAAUGCACGCCAUCUUUUUUUACAAAGUGCCUAAGUACUGUUUUGUGGUUUUGCGGUUUAACAGUUAUAUACUUCGCAACGUGUAAAUUGUGCAAUUUACGAGAUAUAGGAUUGCCUCGCAAUAUCCUCAAAAUGCGGCAGCAUGAAACGACAAAUGUAAUUUGUGGUAACUUCCCUCGAAUAAUAAAAUCCGUUGGCAACCGAUAAGGCAUUAUAGGUUCAUCCCGACACGUUUUUACCUGAAAUAACAAACAAUGCAUGAUUGUUUUGAUUUUCAUUUCAAGUUCGGUGUGGUCUUUCAAUGAAUGUUUAGAACAUAAAGUAUUUUUCCCCAGUUGCGACUAAUGAUAGAUUCGUAUCUGCACCUCCUGGAGACUUGGGGCUCACGCCAGAAACAACGUUUUCAUUCGGAAAUUAACGAAUAUAUUUGUGGUAGCACGAACCUUGCAUGGAAACGGUUUCUUGGACUCUCAUAGUAAAUCGAGUCGAGAGAUUAUUUUGGGUGUGUUAAUGUUAUUUGUUAUAUACUUAGGCGGCUAUAGGUGACAUGUCAGACACAUGUGAAUUUAAUCAGUCUUAUUUAGACAGUGAUGACUAUUGAUGAUUGCAGCAAAGACGUCUAACCGCACCUUGCAUGCAAGUGUUAUAUAGGAUUUCUAAUGGUUCUUUGGAAUGCUUUAAGAACACCUUAAGAAAGUUCUUAAAAUAAACAUGCACUAUCUUGGGAUCGAUAGCAGCUCCCAUAUACGGAUGUGAAUAAUUGACCACACCAAAAUACCAAACGCCCAACCCUAACACCUUAACAAUAUGCGAAAUGACCUUAAAUAAUAACAUGUGGUCCAAAACAUGGAAUGAAUGGAACGUGAGAUAAUACCUUGGAUCCUGGGAACUCGCAAACAUUUGUAAUACUUUAUUUUAGAAACACUUGAGUGAUCUCAAGCUAAUGAGAUUUUUUAUUCUUUUUUCAAUAUUUCAGUUUCAUUUAAAAAAUUUAUGACACUUACUGUACAAAAAAAGCGAAAAAUUGUAUCAAUAUAAUAUCAAUAUUCAUGGUUUUCAAAUAUUUUAACAUUAUUUCAACUCUAAUAACGACUUCUUUAUCAGCAUCUGAAAUACAAUAAUUGCGUAGUCAAUUUCACUUUUAUAUACCAUCUUGUGUCAAUUGCACUAAGAAAAUUCAUUGUUUUCAAUAUUUUGCUAAACUUAACUGAAAGUGAAUUCUGCAGACAACUUCACUGUGGCCAGUAAAUGGAUCUAUAGAGUGGAAUUUUAUUCGUCAUGAUACCAGUUAAAGAGAAUUCAAAACUUGCACUCGUUACGACCAUCUUUACACCCAAUGUAUAACGUCAGAUGAUUCGUAUAACGUCGUAAUAAUACAGGAAAAUAAGAUUAUGCUUGCACCAUUCUUAGGCCCCGGCCAAACAUCUAUUAUAUAUCACUACUUUUACGACCUCUAAAAUCCAAGUUGCAUUUUAACUAGUCUACACUCUACGUCAUGCGAGGAAUUGUGUAAGAAUUUAUGACCUCUCUAAGCUAAAGUGGGAAAAUUUGAAUUUUACUCUCUUUAAAAUAGUCUAUCAUACACUGUGUUGAAACACCUUGGGUGAAUUAAAUUAAGAUGAAAUAUUAAUGACCUCUCAAAGGCUAGCCUGCGUAGCAGUCGCUUUAUUUUAUUGUAGGUUUUGAGGAUUUUUGAAUAAAUGGCGAGUUAGAAAAAUGGACGGAUACCUCCCGUUCCCUAAAGAGGGCACCUCUGGUAAGACACUAGGGUGUCACACACGGAGGUUCGACUGUAUUGGAUACAAUAAAAGUGUUCUUUUAUUGCAUGUGCAUGGAUCAAGGGGAAAAGUUGGAUCUGACGAAUCGUAUAACAUACAAACGAGCUGCCAUUUGAAUAUAGAUCUAAACCCCUCUCCUCCAUAAAGCUAUCACAUGUACUCUAGACAAUGUCUGAACAUUCGAGGUUCCAUUGUACUUUUCCUCAAUCAAUAUUAAACCGCUGCAGACGAUUAGUCGGGUAUCUUUCCCUAAUGCAAAGUGUUUAAUAUUCUUUAUUUGGAUAUUUCCUGCGACGCAUCCGUUUCCAACUUUGAAAUCAAAGCAACUGGCGGAAUGCAGUUUGUUCAACACACCUGAAAUACCAGCUAUGAAUACAUCAUUCAAGCUACAACUGAUGUUUUUCAUAUUAAAAUGACCUCAAACGCGGUUAAACACUUCGGCUUUUCCCAUAAAGAUGAUGUAUGGGGCAUUUUUACAACAAUUCGCAAACGAAAAUCGUUGCCAAGCCAAUCAAAUUAUCAUUUGCACGAUUGCGAAUUGUGUGUAACAUCGCAUAUAAAUGUCACACUGUUUUUUAUAGCUAGUUUGGCAACAGUCAGUCGGCAGUCAAGGGCCCACAAAACAUACUGUUUCCCGAACGUCCCAGUCAAUAUCUAAUAAAACCGUUUCCACGGUUCUUCAAGAAUCAGCACAUUUUACGUUCCCUCCACUCAAAUCUAUGGAUAUUUGUGCCAAGUUUCACAUAGUUUGACUGUCCUUUUUAACGUUGGUGUAUUUUUUUUCAGGCGGCAUGUAAUGGUUGUGCGCCAUGCAGACCGACAUGUGAAGGCGAGAAAGGAGAAAGGGUAAGAUCAACAUCCGUUGCCCGCGAACCGGCGACGUACUAAUAAUUACAUUUGGGACUGGCAUCUGAUAUUGUGUUGGCAUCAUUUAAAUAUGAACUUAUCUAAAUUUAUGUGCAGAUUAAAGUUAAGAAAAUAAUUUUCUUUGCUGACAACUUCAGAAAGAAUUUAGUAUAGGGCCUUAGCCUUAAUAAUAAUAAUAAUAACAUUACUCAUUAUUAGUGAGAAACAUAGGGAAACAUCAAAUGUUUCUGAAUUUGGUAGGAAACAUUUUUGCUUCCCAGGAAGCAAAAUUCCGCAACAAUGUUUCCACGGGUGGGCAAACAUGGGACAUUUGAGGAAACAUCGAGAAUCACAAAUGUUUCCGCAACAAUGUUUCCUAGUUUGCCCAGGGCUUUAGGGAUGAUCUAUUACAUUCGUGCGCAAAACAUGACGUGCAACACAAACUUAGCAGUGAAAUACUUUUUGAAUGAAGGGCAAGCGAGAGAAGGACUAGUUUAGCUCCUGGGCAAGUGUAAUGCUUGUGAUGAGGCUAGUACAAUGCUUCAAGCAUGAAAAUAAGUUCCAAUCAGUGUUUCACUGAUAUGUUUUAUAAAUAAAUAUUUAAAGGAUGUUAAGUAUACAAAAAACCAACUAAAGAGCCUGUAUGGAAGGGGGAGUCAAGGCGCGCUGAUAAUAUGCCACGGGCCCCGCGGAACGUUGAUCAGGCCCUGACUACUGCACUGCCAGACACGACAUGACGAUGGUGGGAGACAUUUGCAAAGUCUGCUAAUUAGCUAAACGAGUUGAUGCAUGGCCGAGAAAAUAAUGUUUAUCUCCUAAUAAUUGUUUAACUUGCUGUCAAAAUAUAUCUGCAGUUAUAGCUAGAAUUUUAAUUGGAAUAAAACUUGUAUGAAAUUUUGAACAGUGAAACGCUGUGUCUGCAUCUCAAACUGUUCUUUUCAACAAUUAUUUCGCCAUCACUCCUGCAUGAGGUUUUCACUGCACGGUACUUUAGCUCCUACAUGCGAAAAAUGAACGGAGACUAAGUCCCUGAAUGCACCUGAAAUAAUAAUAAAUUGACUGAACUGUUAAUUUAUGAAUAGGUUUGGUUCGCAAUUUAAAAUCAUAACAUGCUGUGUGUGUUAGAUCUUUUUACUAAUGGCUUGAAAGUUCAGUUUACCAGAUGUUAACAAAUUACUGGUGGUCGCCACAGGUCACCCGCACAGGAAGUGGGUGGAUCAAACUCAGUCACUGCAGAAUAGAGGCACACAGAAGUCCGACUGAGCCAAAAAAAGCGUAACCACUGCUACACCAUGCUUCGCCAUGAUUCGUCAUCAAAGUGCACUACAAGAGGCAUUCACCCCCGCCAUUACGAAAGGAAUUCACCCCUCGCCAUUUUGAAUAUUUUUAGGGGUGUCUUUAGUAAGCGCACGGUUACGCCAAAAUCAUAGUAAACCAAGAAGUUGGACUUCUGUGUGUCUCUAUUCUGUGUCUAAGUAGGAUUGUUCUCGGGCGGCGAACGUUUUAUAUGUACAUAUAAAGUAUCAAAGAAGAAUGUGAAGACCUGUGAAUAUGGGUCAUGAUGGUAUAAACAUCUGUAGAAUGGAAUGUAGGAUUACUGAAGACAUCAUUAAUUAUAGUUGCAUGAUGCAUUGCCCUAACUUCAUUCUUUUGAAAACAGGCAUAUAUGCACGACUUUACAAAUAACUUCCGUAUAAAUUAAUACACACAAGUCAGGUUUUGGUUCAGGUAAAGGUUGGUUUAGAUAAAGGGUUUUGUGUUGUGUUGGUUUAUGAAGAGUUUAAGCCGCUAAGAAUUUAUUAAAUAUAAGUUUCAUAUAUGUUCGAGAAAGCGCUAAAAUUUUCAACAUCAUGUAGAACUGAAUAAAAUUCAAAGCAAAUUAAAAAUUGAGCUCGAAGUUAUGCGUGUAUAUUGGUUUGCUGCAAAUGAUCUAUGGCAGUAUCCAUGCAAGAUGAAGUACUAACCAAGAAAAGUAAACGAUGGAUGAAAGUUUAGUUAUUUUUUAUAUUACCUAAGAUUCGUUUAUUUUACCUAAGAUUCGUUUAUGUUACCUAAGAUUCUUUUCUAUUACCAAAGCAUAAAAAAAUGCCUUUUGUUGUUUCGCUUAUUGUUAUAUGUUUUUUAUCGCCGAAAUAUCGAUAUCGGAAAAAAUGCAAAUAUUGAACCAGUAACCAGUAUCGCAUCUCCCUUUCGUCAGGUAAAACUUUAGCAUUCGGUGAUUCAAUUUCGUUUAUUAAUGGUUCUCUUCUGGGUUGUGCCGCACUGCUGCAGUUCCCGGCGUUUAAAAAUUCAGGAUUUUGUAACGUACUUCACAACUUGUUACAACUUCAUCGUCCUUGUUUUGAAACAACAUUUUCUCUACAUAUAUGCAAUCACAAAUAUGAAUGAAUUGGUUUUGUUCCUAUUGAUAUAUGCACAAUAUCAAUGCAAGAACAAACUGUUACGGAUAAUAUGGGUUGAUUGGAAUUACAUGUGCAAGAAAGAAAUAAAGUAUGAAAAGAAAUCCUCAUGGGUUCCCAGGGUCUUCCCUCUUGUGGAACAAUGUUGGAUUCGCCGCUGGCACGUCGUCUGUUGAGGGUUUUGAAGUUUCAGUGUAGAAGUCAUCUCUUUUCAAUUUUUUCAAGAACGUGACGAGUCUGUGGCAGUGCUGGAAAAUGGCCAGCAGCACCACUGCGCAGGAAAUGAUCUUACAUCUGAUCUUGCAGGAAAUUUCUUACAUCUUAUAUACUGAUUUGCGGCAUUUUUUGCUCAAAAUUUGAUAAAUAUCUCGAUAAAAUAUUUCUCCCGCUGUGUGUGUUCCAAAAUUCAAUUGUUUGAAACGACAAAAUCGUCUAUGGUGCAGAAUUAAUAUUGUCAUAUGUAUCUCGAGUCUGGAUUUAGUUCCAGCUCCGGUUUAGUGAAAUGCGUAGCCUGCGCGCAGACGUCGACUUUGAAUGGGAUCUGCUUUUGGGAUAAAUACUGCAUUAGUUAUCCACUUAAUUGGUCCUUCUUCUGCCUCUUUGUCUAUGAUGUCGGCGUCUUGAAGCUCCUAUGUAAUUUCAUCAAAUUGGUUUCUUUUUGAGAAUGGAUCCUUGUUUGAGUUUGGACUUUAGGUUGGACGGACGUGUCAAUACUUAGCACCACUUGGUGAAAUUUGUACCUUGGAAUACUUUGUGGUGGGUUCUUUUCAUUAUAUGUUACACUACCGAUUCUGAUGUGGAUUGUUGUUCAUAUGGUUGGGUGACAAAAUGGUGGCGUUGGAUAAGGGUGUCAACUGCUUUUCAAUGCCUGAGUAUGACAGAUGAGCUCCCUUUGGUGGUGCUGCUUGUUUGGAUGUUGGAUUGCUUUCCAUCUUUGGUCGUUGGUCUUGUAUCCUAAUUGUUACCAUAUAAUAUUAUACUCUGAAGGUUAUAGUGUUGCUACUUUGUGGAUCUUCAUCAUCACUAUUCUGUUGUCGAAAUUGUUAAUUGGUUUGUUUGCAUGGUUUAGACUGAUUAACCACGGCGCAACGACGUUCUUGCAUUUAUUGAGUUACUUCGUAUAAGGAACACAUAAUAGUUUGAAGUAAUUUAAAGUAGGUUAAAGCAGUCAGAUGGUGUUAAAAUUAGGGUUAGGUUAGGGUCAGGUUUAUGACUAACUAAUGAUAGCCUUGUGUCCAGGCACUGGGCCGCAGAGAGAUUGCCAGGAGCCUGGGGGCAAAACAUUCCCAGGGGGCACUAUAACGUCCAUUCUCGUACCCAGAGCCCUUCUUACGCACGUUCAACGGAGCGCGACGAGGGACUCUGGCCAAAUCCAUAACCGGAUACCAUAAAAACAUGGUAAGAAAACAAUAUCCGGUGUUAGAACUAGCCAAUCAGAUGCCAGUUCGGAUAUGGAUUUGGCCAGAGCCCUCGUCGCACCGCGCGAAAGGAGGGCUCUGGGCUCGAGAAUGUAUAACGUCGUAACAUUUCCAAGCGGCCCAUAUUACGUUAUUGUUAAACGGCAAUCUCGUUCCCCGAGCCUGCGAUCCUCGGGAAGGAACGUUGGGAUAAUCCGUUUCAGGGAGGAAUCUGAUUGGCCGUUGAAAUGGAAUGCGUAGUUCAAUCUUAGCCAGGAUUCCUGGCUUCCGGCAACGGAUUAUCCCAGAGCCUCGCGUUCCUUCCAUAGAUGGUUCCUUCCCGAGGAUCGCAGGCUCGGGGAACGAGAUUGGUUAAACGGGCGAAAAUCAAAACCAAAAUCCGGUUAUCGUUCCAUGUUUCGCGCACCAAUAUAAGUUAGGGUUAGGGGUUAGGUAUUAGGGUUAGGGGUUAGGUUAGGGGUUAAUAGGGUUAGGUUUAAGGUUAGGGAUAGGGUUAGAGUGUGUAUAUAUGUAUAUGGAGGUAUCCAGUUAACUUUUUAGUACACUCUAAUAUCCAUUACAUAACGUUUACUAUAUUGGUGCGCGAAACAUGGAACGAUUACCCAAAAUCCCACCCACAAAUUUUAAGGCAGCAAAACCUAGUUUCAGUCACGCAUGUGGGCGCGCUGAUCGUAUUUUGCGCCCUCGUGGUCAAGGUGGCGUGAAAUUUAUUGUGAGAAUAAGCGAAAAUUAUACCCUGUGCCAUGCAAAUUUAAAUACAACUAUUAAAGGUUUAUGUUUUAUAAUAUUCCAUAGCAGUUUAAUACUACAAUGUUAUUAAAUGACUAUGAUUAUAUGCCAUUAAAAGUUUAAUUAACGUUUACAGUAAAAUUGUCCCCAGGGUGGGGCAUUUUCCACUCUCAGCUUGCCCAGGGGCCGUGCAUUAGUCUUCAAGUUGUGUCCCGGUACCCGGGCAUUUACACUAUCAUAACCAAUCAAAUCAAAUGUCUGGGGGUGUUCCCGGGGGGGGGGUGUGUGGUUACUCCUGGAAUUGACUCAUGCAUAACACCACGUAACGGCGACAUUUUAUAAUUUUAGGGGUGUAUGAUGGUAAAUUGUGAAUAGUUUGUUACAAAAAAUUACAGUACCCCAAAAAUGGCGGCGUGAGAAAGGUUAAUACUGCUUGCCCCACACACACAUUCUUGGCAGAUCGUUGUGCCAGCAAUGUUGUGAAGAUUGUCUUACCAAAUGACAAAUGGAAUUUUCUUUUUCUAGGGUGUACGAGGCCCCACUGGACAACGAGGAUAUCAAGGCAUCCCGGUAGGUACACAAUCGCAUAACCAUACUUAAGCCUGGUUCACAUAUGCCUGCGGCAUGCCUGCGGCAUGCCUGCGGCAUGCCUGCGACUGUAUCAUUAUGCCUCAACUUGCCGCCGAAAUACCGGGAAAGUUGAACUCAAGUCAACUUUCCCGGCCUACCGCUGAUGUAACUGAGGCACUGGAGGCAAUCGGCGAACAAAUAUUCACAUAAUUCACGUUUUAAGCUACCACCGGCAUCGUCGCCUGUAUGUCGCAGGCAUAUAUGUGAACCAGACUUUAGAGUUAUGGCUGUUCUGUAGAGUAAAAUUAACCUGUUCGCAGGUUGGGAGCUUAGUAUAACCUCCUAAGCUGCGAACUGGCACAAUUUUGGGUAUGCCAAAGUGAUUAAUCAUCACUGUCAUUAGCAUUGGGGUUAAGGAACCGGUCAUAAUGUAAAGUGGCUGCAUGGGCGUACCGGAAGGAAAAAAUUGAAGCCAUUCUUGCGCGUCAUUCUCAGUCCCCUACCCGCGCGGCCAAACAUUUUUUGUAUUGUCAUGGCGGGAAGUGAUGGUCCGCGAUUCUCGGGUUGUGUUUUUCUUCAUUUUAAAAGAGCAAAAAAGGAAAUAAACUUCAUUUAUUUUAUGUAAACCUGAUUUCCUUCAUCUACUCGAUCUGUCUACUGCAUUUUCCCACUGUAUGUGUGAGUAAAUCUGUAUUUUUCGUUGCGAAUUCAACAACUAAUUUCAAACUUUUUUGAUUUUUUUUAUAUAAAAUCUGUAUUUUUAUAAAUUGGCAAUUUAUUUUUGCUUUGGUUGUUUCGUUUCUUGUUUCUAUGGUGCUUUUCAGUUUUCACACCAUUAUUUAGCUUAUUUUAGUCGGUUUUCCUGACCUAAAACUGCUUUUUAACUGCAGUUUUCGAGGCAGUUUUUAGCCAAUUUAAUUCCAUACAUGUAGAAAAUUUUGUUUUUUUAUUUUCUAUUUAAUAAAAUCACUUUGAUGUUUGCCUUAUAAACUUAAACUGUUCAUUUUAAUGAGUUAUUCAUGUGUGUGAAACUCUUGUCGAUAGGGGCAAUAGAGAUAUUUUGAAAGAUUGAGUGACUUUGUGUUUUGUUUUGUCACUCCUUGUCAUUUUACAAAAACAGCAAUCCCGCGCUAUUUUGCUUUCUUUCCACUCAAAUAUCACAUCUCCUAAACAAAUAAUAAUUAAAAUUUAUAACCGAACCCAAACAAAACACCAGAAUUCAACUUUUCAUUCAAAUUUCGUCUGUUUUUCACCAGAUUUUUACUCGGAAAGUAAAGAAAAAUAUAAAAGUUUUGUUGACCGCGCACGUAAGGGGACUGAGAAUGACACUUCCAUGUUAUAUAGUUCAGUGUCUGCAGCAUGAUUUGCACGUGCAUCGGGCUACGGGUACUUCUUAUUCGCCAAUUUUAGCGUGUGGCAGGCGCGUGCGAGAAAAACCCGAUAUUUUUACUACUCUUUAAAACUCAAAAUCAACAUUUGACUGGCUGUAUUCAAGUGAAAUUCUGGAUAUAAAAGCGCUUGAAUACAACAAAUAUUUCGCUCAUAUUGAUUUGUGGCGAACUCUGAAGAAUUCACAAGUUAUUCACGCUAUUGUGGAAACAAAAUUCCGAAUGUUUGGCCAAGCGGUGAGUAAAUAUAUGAUUGUUUCGGUUUGUGUGAUGCUUUGAUGGCAUUCGACCCCCCAUUGAAAAGGUUAUUUUAUUAGGAUUUCAAUGGUAUUCUUUGUUUUAAAGGGGGGUGAAUACGCGCUGAGAUAUUUACGUUAUAAACAAUUGAGUCGUAAAAUCGUCAAAAUGUCGCUUGUCGAUAAAGAGUUAAAACUAGAUAUGGAUACCACCAAAUUUAAUAAGUGGUGAGUCAGUGGUGAGUGUUUGAUCGCAUAUUUCUACUCAAAAUUACCCUUAAAAAUAUCGUAUUUGCUCACUUGUAUUCCGUGUUCAUAUUUCUCGUGAUUUCCAACUUCUAUUUUUGAUAAAGUUUGGAGAAAUCCUCAUCUUUUUGGCAAAACGUCACUACAUUAUGCUUUAAUUUCGUGUAGUCUAGGACCUGUAUAUGAGUUUGUAUGCAUUUCAUUUAUGCACAUAUCAACGGCCUGCCCGGGGGGUACACCCCCGGGACAACCGGGGGGAAACGAGGGGGAAUUUGGUAUUUUAUCCGUGUAUUCUGCCCGUGAACCCCGGGGAAAUUACAAACUUUGCAAUAAUAGGACGGGGGGAGGGGAAGUAGGGGACUUUGACAUGACAAUUUGAAUUUUAUAAAUGAAGUGUACAAUUGGUGCAAACUCAAAAUCGCAGGCUCACAAAGAAAAAUAUCGAUCGCCAACUUAUGAUUUAUGAUAUUUUGUAGUGAUCUUGCUAAAAUUUGAAUAAAUAAAUACAGAAUACAUGAGUGCCAUUGUGAUACCCCAGUUUGUAUGAUAAUUUUUAAUUUUUUUUUAUGCUAUUUAUAUUAUGAACUACUUUAUUCCAAGCCCCAGGGGGAGGGCAGUUUGACUUACACAUUUCCCGGGGGAGGGAGGGGGAAUUAAUGCAUUAGAAUCAUGUUUUUUCAAAGUCCCGGGGUGUCCCGGGGGUGUACCCCCAGGGCAGGCCGUUGAUAUGUGCAUUAGCACAGGUAAUCUCAACUGUUUUAGGGUAAAAUGACCAUGGCGGUCAACAUGGCAUAUGUGCCAAAAGCUGAAUCCGGGACAAAAGUCCUGACAAUGACCCCGCCCUGAAACGGCAGUGUCGACAUAGCUCUAAUUUCAGAAAACAAAAAGCGAUAGUCUUUCUGAAGUGCUUAUAGUGUUUGGAAGGGUUGCUUUUAGGGGUGGUCAUUGGAAGAAAAAUUUGUCCAAGUAUAAUAUUUUACAAGAAAAUGACCAUGCACCACCCCAGGUAAAUUGCUGAUUAUGCAUAAAAUAACUAAUGUGCCUGGCAGAAAUUAAAUAUUCUUAUUUCCUAAAAAAAAUUAUCAUGGGGUUAAAAACUAUGCUUAAUUUAAUGUAAAUAUUGUUGAUUUCAUAAGGAUUGUCAUUGUUUUCUUUAAAUAUAAUAAAUUUUAUUUCACUUACCCCCCACGAAAACGGGAUUUCAGCCAUAUUUUGCCGUCUUGUUUCCUUUUUAUCGCCGAAUCACGCAAAUAUCAUCCAGUUAUUGUACUUUUACAUAAUCAUAAAUGGCUGAAGAAGAUUUCAAAGAAGGUUUCAUCCACUUUUGAAACAGUGCAGUGUAUUUUAUCUUCGAUAAUGUGUCCUUCGAUAUCUCGUCAAAUUGCCGCCAUUUUAAUGGCUCGCCGCUUCUCUGCCCGAUAAAUGCCACUUCUUCGUUUUCAUAUGUAUUUAGAUUACAUUAUCCAAGAGUACUUCAUUGUAGAAUAGUCCCAAUCCAAAAAUUGGAAAUAUUAUUUGUACUUGGGAGGAAAAAACCUCCCAGUACAAUUGUCCUGUUAGAAUUCAAAAGAAAUAAUUUAAAAGUCACGCGCAAGUUCGCGAAAACACCUCGUGGGUUACAUAACAGGGGGGGUGAAUAUUUUCACGAAACGUUUGUUCGCCACCACAGCAACCUAACUAAAUGUAUUAUAUUUUUUGUAUUUUUAUAAUUGAUGAUAAAUAUACACAAAUAUUUAUUGUUUUUAUCAAAAAUCACAAAUAUACAAUAAAUAUAAUGUACCUAACUUAGGUUGCUGUGGCCUGUGGUGGCGAACAAACGUUUCGUGAAAAUAUUCACCCCCGUUAUGUAACCCACGAGGUGUUUUCGCGAACUUGCGCGUGACUUUUAAAUUAUUUCUUUUGAAUUCUAACAGGACAAUUGUACUGGGAGGUUUUUUCCUCCCAAGUACAAAUAAUAUUUCCAAUUUUUGGAUUGGGACUAUUCUACAAUGAAGUACUCUUGGAUAAUGUAAUCUAAAUACAUAUGAAAACGAAGAAGUGGCAUUUAUCGGGCAGAGAUUCUCUGCCCGAUAAAUGCCACUUCUUCGUUUUCAUAUGUAUUUAGAUUCAAGCGGCGAGCCAUUAAGGGGUCACGUCCAUAUUCAUGUUGCCACGCAUAACGUCGAAUCGACGUUAACACUCAAACCCACCCACCCACCCUAAAUAACGUCGAGCGUGGCAGUCACAUUCUUCAAAACUUUCACAAAAUUGUCAUUUUGCCACGAGAUUAUUGAGAUAACGUCGAGAGAAUUAAGAUAAACCCACCCACCCACUCAUAACGUCGAUUCGACGUUAUGCGUGGCAAUAUGAAUAUGGACGUGACCCCUAAAAUGGCGGCAAUUUGACGAGAUAUCGAAGGACACAUUAUCGAAGAUAAAAUACACUGCACUGUUUCAAAAGUGGAUGAAACCUUCUUUGAAAUCUUCUUCAGCCAUUUAUGAUUAUGUAAAAGUACAAUAACUGGAUGAUAUUUGCGUGAUUCGGCGAUAAAAAGCAAACAAGACAGCAAAAUAUGGCUGAAAUCGUGUUUUCGUGGGGGGUAAGUGAAAUAAAAUUUAUUAUAUUUAAAGAAAACAAUGACAAUCCUUAUGAAAUCAACAAUAUUUACAUUAAAUUAAGCAUAGUUUUUAACCCCAUGAUAAUUUUUUUUAGGAAAUAAGAAUAUUUAAUUUCUGCCAGGCAUAUUAGUUAUUUUAUGCAUAAUCAGCAAUUUACCUGGGGUGGUGCAUGGUCAUUUUCUUGUAAAAUAUUAUACUUGGACAAAUUUUUCUUCCAAUGACCACCCCUAAAAGCAACCCUUCCAAACACUAUAAGCACUUCAGAAAGACUAUCGCUUUUUGUUUUCUGAAGUUAGAGCUAUGUCGACACUGCCGUUUCAGGGCGGGGUCAUUUUCAGGACUUUCGUCCCGGAUUCAGCUUUUGGCACAUAUGCCAUGUUGACCGCCAUGGUCAUUUUACCCUAAAACAGUUGAGAUUACCUGUGCUAAAUGAAACGCAUACAAACUCAUAUACAGGUCCUAGACUAGUGCCAAAUUUUCGUUGUAGAUCAUUCAAAAACCUCUUCUUUUUUUGCUUUUAAAACUUGCUGUAAAAUCCUUCUUUGCAACAGUAUGGCCAUUGUUCAUUAUUUUUGAAAAACUAAAAUUUUAAACUUGAAAAACUUUGCGAGUUUCUGACCGAUUUUCUUGCAUGAUACACCGUUGAAAAGCUCGAAUUUCACGUUCUAUUUUCGUAUCCGUUGCUAGGCAACCCGAUAAACACGUGCUCAAAUAUCAUGCCUGCAAGUUGAGGUGUCAUUUGAGGGCGCAUUGCGCGUUAAUUUAAUGAAUUAAUGCCCUACUAACAAACGUCAUUAGUAAAUUCUUUAGCUCAGUAUGUUUUCCAAAGUAGUUCACAUAUAGUGUGCAGUAUUUUAUCUCAGUUCUGCUUCCGAGUGGAAUAUAUUUAACUUUUUGAUCAAUUCUAGGGACAUCCUGGUGAUGAAGGACCACUAGGCGAUAUCGGACCAAAGGUACAGUAUUGAAAGAAACGAAAAAUUUCAGCCUGGAUAAUUCAUUGUGCUGAAGUUUUAACGCUUGUUAAACUUUUGUGGUAACAACAUUCGUGAUUGCAAUUUUCCAACUCCAUGUUAUGUAAUUCAUGUUUAUGAUGUACGUUUUUGUACAGACAUUGAUGUUUCGCAUUCUUCUGACUUAGGGAGAAAAAGGUGAAUUUGGGCCAAUAGGAUCCAAAGGAAAUCGGGUAAGAAAAGUCUUUAUCAUUUCAAACGUACAGUAAAUGUUUGCAGCUUUGCCAAUGAGGAUGUGCUAAAAGUUGCCAGGAUAUAUCAUUAAUUAAUUUAAUUCAUUAACAUGCAAGCUGUUACAAUGUUUCUACCUCCCAAAGCCCAAGCAAUAUGGCGAAUAUGUGAUUGAAAUAUUCAAGAGCUUUCACCAAAAUGGCAAUAUCUCGGAAACAGUUGCAUGAAAAAAUCUGGUCUUUUCAACCGUGCACACAUGUGAUAUUAGUCUCCUACGCAUACCUACUUAGCGGGCUGAGCCCUCACGUAAGGUAUGCUUACUUUGGCCAAGAAUUCCUUUCCUCAAAAUUAGCCAAUCACAGCUUUACCCACGAGAAUUGUGGGGCUUGACCUUUGACCUUGAGGCUUGGGUCGUCAAUAGUUUCAAAACAUUUAAUCUUGAACAUUUCAUAUCUUCAUUUGUAAGUAUUCAUAUCUUAAACCGAUUAUCUGCGAGAGCUGAGAGAUAUAUUUGUUCACAGUGAUUUGUUAUACAUAUAUACCAGUCUACAAAUUUACAAUAUGGAACAAUCGUAAAAUCUGUUAGAAUUUGUCGAGCUAUUGUUUUGAACAGACAGUGUAGUAAAAUCGAACAAUAUCACCUAAAAUAUUUCGCGAUGUUUUUAUUACUUUACAAGCGUUUGCAGGUGUUACUGUAACACGGGUAAUAUACUGGACAAAGACGUCAAGACAAAGUUAUAAAGUUACAGUGUACAUUUUAAUACUGCAGGUGUAGAUAAUAGAUUUAUAAAUACUAAUUGCAUGAAGAUUACAGAAUUCAGCCUAUAUAAAAUACUAAAUUGAUUCAUUGCACAUUUCGGUUUCUAAGUUUGUAUAUGACUAGCCAGUUUACAAAGUUUAAUAAAAUCGUAAUUACAAAAGUCGCUCUGAUAUUGAACGUUUGGAAACUUAUAGUAUAUAUUGAAUAUACAUGCCGUCACGCAGUCGCAUCAAGUUCAAAACAAGUAUUACCAGUGAAUAGUUUUAUAUACAUUUAAGCCUUCGACCUAUUGCGUACAUUCGUUGGAAAAAUAUUCAAUAUUUUCUACUUCAACUGCUAUUGAUCAGAAAACUCGAUCUGUUCACAUUUAUGGCCAUUUAAAUACGUAUAUAGCGUAUUAUUAAAUGAUAUUAUUAUUCAAUUAUCGCACGCUCCUUGAUUACACUUUACAGUUGACAUUCAAAGUGGGUGUGUCUAGUGUAUUUGAAUGCUAUUGGCUAAUGGAAUACAAUGGGAAGGCGAAUUGCUAGCCAAAGUAAGCAGACCGUACGUGGCGGCCCAAACCCGCUAAAGUAGGUCUGCAUAGGAGACUAAAGUGAUAUAUGAUUGACCAAAUUUAGUUUAAAUGAACUUGCAUACCUAUAUACAUCAUUAGUUUUUUCAAUGAGAAUUUUUAUUUGUAAAGCAGUGACACUUUGUUUUUCAUGUCACUCAUCACCUACAGGGGCAAUAUCUCCAUAAAUUUAUAUAAAAACCAGAAAAAAAAUAUUUACUAAAUUAGUACAUAUCUAUAUUAUAACCAAUUUUCAUGAGAUAGGAAUUAGAAAAUGAUCAAUUAUUAUAAAAUAUACUCCUUUGCUUUUUUGGGGCAAGAUGUUUACAACAUGAAAUUUAGAACAGUAAAUAUACAGCAUACAUCGAUUAAUUUCACCUCGGUCAUCGGCGAAUAGACGAAUAGUGGAUAAACCUUAAACUACAAGUUAUAUAGCUUCUUUGUAGUUAUUCCUCGCCGUAAGACAUGUUUUUAGUGAUAAGUUGCUGAUAUGUCAUGGUGUAUAAAAGGAUUAAGGACGUGCUGCACACCAUGAACAAUGAAGGAAAUAAACUAGUUCAUCGAACCUUUGUGAAUCUGUGAUCAACUGAUCAAACUUUGAUGGUACUCACCAAGAGCAUUGAAAUAUUAACUUGGCAUAUUGGACUGCAAUCAUUUAAUAUAAAAAAUAUUGCACAAAACAGACAAUAGAAGUCCUGAUUUAUGACAGUUCUAAAUUAUAAAUCUGUGAGAAGAUUCUAAUAUACACUCUACUGUCUCUAGUUCUUAAGAUUGUGUUUAAUUAACAGUUUACUCUACAAUGAAGGGGAAAAUAUAAAUCUGAAGAUGAGAAUUUUCUCUGUUAUACUCAAGUUUAUGUUACAUUUAGCACCAAGUAUAAUAUUGUUUGCUAUCACCAAGGGUAACUUGUUGGCAGAGUAUAAUAUAUCAGGCAAUAAAACUGGUUCAACUUGCAACAAAAUCUGACUUUGAUGCAUGCAAGUUGAAGUGUUUUUUUACAAGUAAAUGAAACUUUAACAUCUAGUGUAUUCUACUGUGUACAAGUUGUACAAGCCCAAAAAAAAUGUAAAAAACACUUUGAUAUUAGUUCGGUAUGGUUCAAAACUGGAAUGCAAGAUCUCGAUCUCAUUUCACAGACUUUUGGGGACCAUUCAUUGAUUAUACAUACGGGUGGGCUGCAGUAAAACUAAACAUUUAUUAAAUUUUUUUUGACCCACCCCCUUAAAUUAAAAUCUUUUUCGUGCCCCCCCCCCCCAUUACUUGAGAAAAUGUUUCAAGCCCCCCUCUUCAGGAAAUUAAAAUCUUUUUCGUGCCCCCCCCCCCCAUUACUUGAGAAAAUGUUUCAAGCCCCCCUCUUCAGGAAGUGACCACCACUGUAUGUAAAUGUUGGAAUAAUAAUACAGAAAUUGAGUUGACAUUAUUUAAAUUAAUUACUAAAUAAAUUUUAAUUACAGAAAUUGAGUUGACAUUAUUUUAUAGGGCAAUAUAUAAAGCUUUAUCAUUGUCUAAUGAUCCUUUAACAUUUUGUUUUUGCAACAACUGUUCAUACAAAACCAAUUGGGAAACUUUUGUAUGUGAUGAUAGUUUUCUCUUUUAUACAAUUAAUGAGUUUCUGAGCCCCCUCCCCUCAAUACACAAAAAAUGUUUGAUGCCCCUCCCCUUGUUCCUGGCAAUUAUUUUGGAGCCACCCAGUUUUCCUCCCCCCCCCUAGUGCUGUGUGCCGGAGUUGCCGGAGCCGGAGUUUUGCCGGAGCUCCGGCGGUUUUUCCGACGCCGGAGCAGAAUUUUGUAUGCCGGAGCCCGGAGCCGGAGUUACGUAUUCCCAGCUCCGGCAAAAUGACAAGAAAACAAUAUAAAUGAGACAAAUGUCAAACGAUUGUUAGUUACUGCAAACUGCCAAUUGCUGUUAAUGAAUUCAUCAUAGACUCAAACUGCCACAGCCCACAGGAACAGCGUCGAAAAGCUGUAAUACGAUCGCAACUUACAAACGUCAUGCUUUCAUGAAGCCAUCUGACUUAGCGCUACAUACUGUAGUCUGUGUAUUCAUGCCUUGUAGGUAACGAAAAAGUACAAAACAAAUAAAUAUCUACCUUUUCAAAAUGGCAGAGUAUUUUGUUUGCGUGCGAACAAUUGCGCUGUGGAGUCUGAGAGUGUUAGCGUCAUGCCUCGCGUCAUGCCUCAUGUCAAAGAUUUUUCGAGGCUGGUUUCCAUAUAGAUAUUUUCUGUGUGGUUAAGUGUUUUCACUGUUUUGUUUCCUGAGUUAUGUUAUCUGAUAAUUAGGAAGCGCAAAAAGGGUUAUUCAUAAUAAUAUUAAUAAAUGUUCUCUGAUCGUAAAAUAUUUAUUUAAUAUUUUAUGAUGUGGCCGGAGCCGGAGCUCAGAGCUGUAAUUCGGCCGGAGCUGGAGCCGGAGCCGGAGAUGAAAAACCGGAGUUUGCAUGCACCACUCCAUCUAUACUGUAAUUAAUGAACGGUCCCUUUAUAUGAAUUAUAUGUUUGAAAGUUAUUCUGUAUCCAAGUUCAUUUAUAUUUGUUGAACACACCUAUACUAUUGUUUGCCUUAAAAUAAUAUGCCACUCAGUUGAUUUUGUCAACUGUGUCAAAAUGCUGCAUUGUUUGUCGACUAUUUUUCAUUAUUAAUUAUUUAGCAUUAUUAAAUAAGCUUUUAUUAUAAUAAAAUGAAUAAUAUACCUUUCUUUAGUACGUCCUGAAAAUUUCAAUAAAAUCCACCAUAAAAUAACGACGAUAUACUUAUUUAAAUUUAUGAAAUACAAGUUUCGCCAUAUUAGUUUAUAAUGUUUUGGACCAGAGUUGGUUGCUUUCAACAUGGCGGCCAAGGCGCCGGAAGUAACAUGUGCUGGCACAAAAACUUCAAAGGUUCCGACUCGAGUGAAGCUUCUGUCCUAUUUCUCUUCUGUGCUCAGGGUGCAUAUGGGUGCAUUGCACGUUAAUGAGUUAAUUCAAUGUUUUUCUCACUUUUAGGGAAAAACAGGGCAUCCUGGAUUCAAUGGAAGACCUGGAGAUCCGGUACGUUUAUUCAUGAUUUUCCAAGCAAUGUUAUGAUGAGUACAGCAAGCUGACUGUUUUUGAAAAGUGGUGUAGAUUGAGUGUUUUCUUUAAGUUAUAGUUACAAAACUUGGAAAUUUAGUGAUAGAUGAAUAGAUAGGAUGUUCUACAAAAAUGAAUGUGAAUUUAAAGUAAUUUGAUGUGUAUACAAUGUAUUACAAAUUUGGGCGCUUUCUAGAUAUAUGCACAAUUCUAUAUACCCUAAACCUAACCCUGACGAUAAAUAUUAUUUUAUAUAUAAUACUAUACAGGUGUAUGUACCACAGAAUACCACGGUACCACAGAAUACCAGUCUUAUUUAUUUCUUAUAUAAAAUUUGAAGGAAAUAUGCUAUAAACUUUAUUUUUGUGAUUAUAUAUUAGUUUUAGUCUUAAUUGACAUAUAAAAACAAAAAAUGUAUAUUUUCUUAAAAAUUCUUAAAAAUAAUCAGGAUUAACAAAAACUAACAUUCUAUAUUUUCGGUACUUUUUUUUCGCAUAAUGCCUAUAAAAUCCAAAUGUUAAAAAAUAAGUUCGCAAACCAGCAUAAUUUAUGUUGAUCAAUACUUUUUGUAUGCAAUGCAACAUUAUUACUACAGUACACUGGAAUCACACAGUGUAAUCAAUUUUACCAUUGAAAAACUGAAUUUUUCAAAAUUAUUGAUAAACCUGGUAUUCUUUGGUUAUACCACUGGUAUUCUGUACUGAUUUUAGUAUUUAACUUUCACUAAAUUACUGUAAGUUAGCAAUAUCCCACAGUAUUAUCAUACAACAUGACACACCAAAUCCUGGUACAAUUUGAUAAACCGUUGCUUACUUACCUCUGCACUGGUAUUCUGUGGUACAUUGGAUUUUUCCCCACAGAAUAUUCAUUUUAAAAAAAAUAAUCAAGUCUAUGAAAUCUUGCCCCAAAACCUCCAGGAAGAAAAAAUAUAUUGAUAGACUAUACUAAAAAAUAUCAAGGAACCAUAUUAUAUACAUUAGACGAAAGAUAUGGAACAUGUAAAUUUUUGCGGUAUUCUGUGGUACAUACACCUGUACAUAAAGAUAUUACUCAACUGUGAUUGGUUGAUUUCAGUGCAGUUAAUCCCAAACAGCAGUGCAUUUUUCUGUAAUCACAGUGCAAUUUUCUGUAAUCACAGUGCAAUUUUUUGUAAUCACAGUGCAAAAAUCUGUAACAAACUGAUCUGAUUGGUGGAAAAACAUUGUGAUGAUUAAAUCAACUAAUCAGUUUAAAGCAAUCUAGUUUAAAGAAGUAACGGUCACAGAUUGCUUCAAAACAAAACAAACAUGGCGCUGUGCUACACAAAGUAAAAGUUGCCUUCGCGUGACUUUUAUCUUUAUUUUUAAAUGGAAAAGCAUUCACCUUAAACAAGACUAACAAAAAUUGCAUAGUUGAGUGGAAUUUUCAAGCUGUUAGCGUUGUAUAAUGUGAUAUAACAAAGCCAGGAAAACUUUGCUAGUGGAAUGUUCGCUAUAAACGCGUAAGUUCAAACUACAAUUAUCUUUGAGGUCUUUGAAAAACUCACUUGUGCAUGUUAUAUCCAAAUUGCACUCGAAACCAUGCUAUUACCUAUAGACCCAUUGCACUGGCGUCACAAAUCCUUAGAGUGUCCUCCGGAGUGCUCCCUAACAAUAUCUGCUGGGGUACAACAACCACAUACAGCGACAAAUUAACCAUUCUAAUACAAAAUUAUUAUAAAGUUUUACAAAAUAUGCUUUGUUUACAAAAGUUAUAUUAUACAUAGAUUUGCUAAUUUGUCCUCCAGAUGCAUCAUCACCGGCGCUGUGACAUCAUGCGCAAUGGGUCUAUACAAAUAGAUCAGUUUACAGUAGGUUGUGCAAAUAUCGAGAAAGUGCCGAAGUUUGCCUCCAUAAAAUGGAAAAUUUGUAAAUGAAAUAAAAUAAAAGUAAAAUGUAAUUAGAAGUAAAUGUAGUUAAUUAAAUUAUUUUGUAUUUUCUUUAGGGUAUCCCUGGUAAUGAUGGACCCCGUGGUGAAUCUGGAGAUCCCGGAUGCAACGGAACAAAAGUGAGAAGAAUUGCUAUGAAGAAAUGCAAUUUAUGGUCAUUCGCGUAAACUCAAAAUUAAUCUCAAUAUUAAUGAAAACUACUUUACUUCAGGGUGAACCUGGCCUUCCUGGUCAAAUUGGAGGUCCAGGAACAUCUGGUCCAACGGUAAGACGGAAACGAUAAUUUAGUUCAUGAUUGUUGUGAGAAUUGCACAUUUCAUCAAUAAUUUAAAAAUAAUUACCAAAUGGUUUUCCAUGUAGGAUAGCGUCAUCCAUAAAUUGGGAUGUUGCUCGACUUUCGGAAAGCGUAAAAAAAUACUCGCUUCGGCUUGUGUUGUUUUAACGCCUUCCGGCAGUCUCGCGACAUCCCGCGUGCACGGAUGGCGCUUUCCUGUACGGAAAACUAUUUGAUAUUUCUUUAAUACUCUAGAGUGUCAAAAUUCCAGUAAUAUUAAUCCUAGACUCAGGAUAGUAAUAUUAUUGAAUGUCACCAGAAAUCGCACUGUAUGCAUGCGCCAUUUUCAUGUGACUAUUUAGUGAUACUUAUCACUUAUUAGACUUGGUUCAUUUAGUCUGCGGCCUUAAGCUCGAUUUGAAGCCCUAUUUUACUUGCCCAGUCCUAUUUCAAAAAGGCAACUUUAACGUAAGCAACGUUUUUCCCGCUGUUUUAUGAGAAAUGCGUGUAAAACUCUAAGUACUAUAAAGAGUGGCAAUAUAAAAGCUCGACAAAUAUAUGCUAUAUAUUUAACAUUUAUUUCGCAUUAUUUUCAGGGUCUUCCUGGACCACGAGGAAUGAAGGUGAUUAAUUUAAAAAAACUACUUGCAGAUCAUUCCUCCGGGUUUGUCGAAAUUAGUUGUUUUUAACCUCUUAUUUUACUUUUAUAUUUAGGGAGCACCAGGUGAAAGCGCUGGAACACAACAAGGGGUGAAGGUAA